CGCUGUGCUACUGCCUCCAGCCUCAAGUGAUCGCAUUGACACCAAGGCACAGGCCAGCAGCAGGCUGCAGGUGGAGGCGGUCGCUGACACCAACAUAACCCUAGGGAGCAGACAUGAAGUUUAUAAAGUGAUGGUAAAGAAGAGAAGAAGGUACUCCGUUCACUGUCACGAUGAAUCAUCAGUCAGGUGACAUAGAGUACUCCCGGAGAAGCCUUUUGGGUUCUCAGAGUUCUGUACAUGACGUGCAAUCAAUCAACAGCUCUGAACUGAUGUCCAGAAUUGAAUCCUAUGAGGGUUUGGAAAAAAAAGUAAUCUCAGACGUCAGAAGAACAUUUUGCCUCUUUGUCACCUUUGAUUUCCUAUUUGUCACUUUACUUUGGAUUAUUGAGCUGAAUGUAAAUGGUGGCAUUAAGGAUGCACUACAGAAGGAAGUAUUGCAAUAUGACUACUAUUUUUCAUUUUUUGACAUAUUCGUUUUAUCAUUCUUUCGUUUUACUGUGUUAAUUCUUGCUUAUGCAAUAAUCAGACUGCGUCACUGGUGGGCAGUAGCUGUUACAACAGCAACAACUUGUGCCUUCUUGCUAGUAAAAGUUAUUCUAUCUAAGCUGUUCUCGCAGGGUGCUUUUGGCUACGUACUUCCUAUUAUGUCCUUCAUCCUGGCUUGGAUAGAAGCUUGGUUCUUGGAUUUCAAAGUAUUGCCUCAAGAAGCUGAAGAGGAAAAUAGACUGCUGAUGAUCCGGAGAGUUUCAGAACGAGCUGUCCUCCUCCCACCUGCACCUAUGUCUGAGGGGCAGUUUUACUCCCCACCUGAAUCUAUUGCAGAUUCAGAUUCGGAUGAGGAAACAGAAGAAAAGCAGGAUGAUGAAAAGCCACUUGUGUAGUCCAGUGUCAGACAAAAGGCAUUCCCUGGAGCACUCUUCUGUUAUACUGGUCAUUGUUUACAGGAAAGCUAAGCCAACCUAUGCCUUUCUCAUGGGUGCACUUCACCAAUGCUGCUGUAUAACCCAGGAAGUGCAAUAGGACUGUUAACAAACGGCCUCUUGUUGAAUGGGGCAUCAUUGACUUAUAUCAGUUGAUUUGGAAGUGCAGAAUGUAAAGAAGCCUGCUGAGAUUUUAUUGAAUUAUUUCUUCAAACUGGCGGAAGCAUUAAACAUCAUCUGAAGCUUUCA